UGAAAAUUUUACUAUUCUCAAAAAAUUUUACUGUUCCCAGAAAAAUUUACUGAUCACAGAAAAUUUUAGUCUUCACUGAAAGCUUUACUGUUCGCAAGAAAUUUUACUAUUCUCAGAAAAUAUUAGUGUUCCCUGAAACUUUUACAGUUCCCACAAAAUAUACUGUGAUCAAAAAAUUUUAUUGUUGGCUAAAAAUUUUACUGUUCACAGAAAAUUUAAGUCUUCGAUGAAAAUUUUACUGUUCGCAGGAAAUUUUACUGUUCCCAGAAAAUUGAAUUGAAUUGAAUUGAAUUUAUUUCAUCUCAUUCUUGAUCUUUCCCACCCCCCAUGCGGCCACCGCCGUCUUAGCGUUGAUUCCAACCUCCAGGACUAAACGGUGGAAAUGUCCUUUCUCUGGUUGUAUGUUACGGAUUUUACAAUAUGUUUUACAUUUCAUUGGGGAUGGGCCAGUCAAAAAGAGAGAGCAAGAUUGCCAAGCUAAUCUAGUCAGCUGUAUGGCAAUCUAUUUUCAGCCUAAUUGCAUAACUUCUCAUAAUCACCACUUUUACUGCUCUCAGAAAAUAUUAGUAUUCCCUGAAGAUUUUACAGUUCUUAGAAAUGUUACUGUUCUCAGAAAAUUUUAUUGUUCGCUGAAAAUUUUACUGUUCGCAAGAAAUUUUACUGUACCCUGAUAAUUUUACUGUUCACAGGAAACUUUACUGUUUUCAGAAAAUUUUAUUGUUCGCAAGAAAUUUUUCUGUUGCCAGAAAAUGUUUCUGUUCUCAGAAAAUAUUAGUGUUCCUUGAAAAUUUGCCAGUUCCCAGAAAUUUUACUGUUCUCAAAAAAUUUUAUUUAUGGCUAAAAAUUUUACUGUUCACAGAAAAUAUUAGUUUUUGCUGAAAAUGUUAUUGUUUGCAGGAAAUUUUUCUGUUCCUAGAAAAUAUUUCUGUUCUCAGAAAAUAUUAGUGUUUCCUGAAAAUUUUACAGUUCCCAACAUUUUUACUGUUCUCAGAAAAUUUUAUUUUUGGCUAAAAAAUUUACUGUUCACAGAAAAUUUUAGUCUGUUGAAAAUUUUACUGUUAGUAAGACAUUUUACUCUUCCCAGAAAAUUUCACUGUUAUCAGAAAUAUUAGUGUUCCAUGAAAAUUCUACAGUUCCCAGAAAUUUUGCUGUUCGCUGAAAAUUUCACAGUUCCCAGAAUUUUUACUGUUCUAAGAAAAUUUUACUUGAUUCAGAGAAUUUUAGUCGUCACUGAAAAUUUUACUGUUCUCUGAUAAUUUUACUAUUCUCAGAAAAUUUUACUAUUAGCAGAAAAUUUUGCUGUUCGCUGAAAAUUUUAUUGUUUUGCGGAUAAUAUUACUGUUCCCAGAUAAAUAUACUGUUUGCAAAGAAUUUUACUAUUUGCAGAAAAUUUGACUGUAUCCAAAAAUUUUAUUAUCCGCUGAAAAUUUUACUGUUCCCAAAAAAUUUAACUGUUUCUAGACAAUUUUAUUGUUAGCAGAAAAUUUCACUGCUCCAAGAUUUUUUUCUUCUUGCUAAAAUUUGUACUGUACCCAGAAAAUUUUGCUAUUUGUGAACAAAUUUUACUGUUCCCAUUAAAUUUUACUAUUUGCUGAAAGUUUGACUGUUCACAGAAAAUGUUAGAGUUCUUCAAAAAAAAUUUACUGUGUCCAGAAUAUUUUACUGUUCCCACAAAUAUUACCGUUUUGUUUUUAAUUUUUAAAAAUUGGACAAAUUCUUGGGCACAGAUUAUAAAGUAAAGAUAACUCAGAAGAAUUUGAUAUUUCGAUUUAGGGUAGAAUCACAAAAAUUAGAAAUUUGAACAAAUAAUUGGUUAGUAAAUAAUAAUUCAUAAAAGGAUCAUAAAUCCAUGUAAAUCAAACCGAACGCACUUAAUAUUUUAUGACUUGUCCAUUUUCCUUUUGCACAAUCUGUUGUAGUUUUUGAUUUAAAUCACAAUUAAUCAUAAAUGUUUUCAAAAACUCUCCUAAGGGGAUUUUUAAAUUUUUGACAGCUGUCAUUUUGACAGCAAAUUCAAAAUUUUCCGUUAAAACUGCCAUGAAUCCCUGGUAGGUUUGAAUUUUGAAUGUAACUGCCAUUCUCAGCUGUUACACCCGAACCAAGUGACAGAGAAAAGUAUUAUGGGAGAAUUCCCCGCCAGUGUUUAUGAUUCCUGACCCACCCUCCUAAAGUUCCAAUCAGCAGCGCAGAAAAACCCUGCAAAUGUACACGAUGAGGGGUUUGUCUGCGCACAAGUUGCGUAUGUCCUGAAAAUUCUCCUUUCCCAUAGAGAUUCUUCACAUUACUCUCCCCUUUUGCCUUUUACAUCGUGUUUGUUGUUCGUAUUUGGGUCUGGAAGGAGGAUUGCAGCGUCCCAAAUAGCCAAAGAGAAAGAAGGUUGUGAAGCGCAUUUUUGUCCUUUAUGCUACAAAGUGCUCAAAAGUAGGAUAAAUGUGAAUCUUGCUGCAUAUUUUUUUUGUGGUGCAGAAAAUCUCUGUGAAAUAUUGUCAUUUGUUGCUCUUUUUUAGUCUUUUAUUUCUUUUUUUUUAUUGCGAGACUAAUCAAAAGUGUGUUGAAAAAUUUAUACUGUCCACAAUUUACGCAUCAGUGAUUUUUUUCCAACCAAAACCCAGACAAUUGCUGUCCAUCAAAUUGGAGAUCUGAGUAAAUUAAACAGAGGAAGGAAUUUAGUGUUUUAUAAACGUUUUAGAAUUUUCGGACAAGGUAUACGCCUUUUUGUGUUCCAAAAAAUUUGUUCUGGGGGACAUUUUCCUGAUUUUCCGUGCUAGGAGGAGGGAAUCGUUGAAAUUAAAAUAUCAUUUUGUGAUGGAAAUAUCUCGGGAAAGAGUGUGAGGUGCAGAGAGGAAUUUAUUCGGUAAAGUGAAAAGCAAUAAAUGGGUGGGAAGGAGAAUCAUCGAUGGUGUCUCCUUUUUCCGUCUACGGCACUUCUAUGUGGUCUGCUGCAGAUAUGUUGAUAGUCACAGUGGAAAAUGUAAGGAAUUCCUCCAAUGUAUUGAUUCUCGGGCACAACAAAAACACCCUGUGGAGGUACCAAAUACUCAGUGCAGAAAUUCAGUGAAGAGACAAAACAAGGAGGAAAAACAUUGUGCACUUUUUGGUGAAAAAAAUCGAUAAUAAUAAUAAAUGUGAAAAAGGGUAAGGAUACCACCAGGACAUUGACCAUACACCCAAAAAAAAAGAGCCACAAACCCCCAAAAAUAGGCUAAACUAAAAAAGAGAGACAAAGGUGAAGAUGAUAAAAAAAGGCAAAUACUCUUCAAAUGCCAGACACAGUACAAAAAAAAGCGCAACUGAGCCAAAAUCACUCCAGACAACAAAAGAAUCUUCCCACAGUGAAGAAGACUUUCUAAUUGGAUAAAAAAAACAGGACACUGCCACAAAUUAUAAAAUUUACACAAAUUCAAAUUGACAAACCAUCCUUCAAGAGUUAUUCUCUACAAAAAUUGUAAAAUCUAAAUUAUAAAACCGUAAAGUAUCGUAUUUAGAGAGGAGAGACACUGCAAUGAAUUUUGUGCAGAGUGAAGAAGUAGCAAAAAUUUGGCCAUUUCUCCUUCAAGGUGUAAUGGACACAUCAAUAUGUCCCACAAGUCAGCCGGAUAUGAUAGAGGUCCUCCUCUGGACCACAUGCGCCGUCUUUGGCUUCGUCUACAUGAUGCUGGGCUACCGAUGCCUCAGAGCAAUUGGAUUUCUCACGGGAUUGGCAGCAGGAGCAGGAUGCGUCUUGUGGCUGCAGAGACACAAAGCACUCCUCGGUAGUCCCGGAGAUUCAGCUCUGGCCGUGGCUGCUGGUCUCUGUGGUGCUAUGCUCGGUUCCACCCACCCCGUGGCGUCUGCAUUAGUGAGUGCAAUAGCCGGAGCAAUAAUUGCUGGAGCAACAAUGGUCCUCUGCAUCGCCACAAUGCCCGAUCACGAAUUCGGGGAGCGUGAGAUUGUUGUGGCUGUAUCUGGGGGUGCUGUUAUAUUUGCUGUGAUGACUUUAUGCUGUGCUAAAUUGAUUACGAUCGUCUCAUCGAGCGUCAUUGGUUCCACAAUGGUCCUAUUGUCCGUGGACUUUUUUCUCCACAGUCUCGAAACGGUUAAAUGGAUUAUGGACAUCAAACCCACAACAAUGCCUCCUCCUCCUUGUUGGGGAGGUGUCAUCAUGUGUUCAUGGCCAGUGACAGCACUCGUGGGAGUUCUGGCGCAGUGCUUCAUCACAGCUUGGCGUUUGGAUCACAAGAAGCGUCCUCAGCCGUACCGGAGACGCUUGGAAGCCCCAAUAACCGUUCGAGGACUUCCGGAAAUUCCCGCCAAUCGUCCACCCAACCCUCCAGCCCGACCCAGAGAGACCCGAGAGGAGGCCAGACAGAGGAAGUUCCGGUAUUUGUAUCACAUCCGCACCUCGAGAGGGGACAUCAUCUCACAGAAUUGCGCUUCCGCCCUUCAAAAGCAUAUUCAACCCCAUUCAGGAUCAUCAUCAGAGCACUCAACUCACAUGACUCAUCUCCCGGAUUCCGUGGACACGAAAUCUUGAGAGCGUUGCUCAAACAUUUACUAUUAAGUCUCUGUGUACAUUAGCGUUCUUCUUUUGUCCAGAGGACCUGUGCACUUCUUAGAGAAGAGACCCAGUCUCAGCAGAAACGUAUUCAAAAUACAAGGAAAAUUUAAUCAAAGACACUAAUUGCUAAAAAAAAAAACAAAUUAUAUAAAUAUUUAAAGUCUGAAUAUUAAAUAUUCAGCCAUAUAUUUCUCUGUAGAUUCUCAUUGAUAGCAACUUAAGCAUUUUAGAAAAGAAGACAAAAUUUCAGAACACUUCUUCCUGGGCCACUUGGCCCCAAAAACAUACGAACUCCUGGCAGAAUUUCCCGCCAAAAAGCAGUUCCCCGGAAAAGAGGGAGGAUUUUUUCAUUGGAAUUCCUUUUCAGAGACAAUAUCGUAAUAAAAAUCCAUUUGUUGACACAAAGCUUCCAAGAUACAUUAUCAAUGGAGUUCAAUGUUAUUUACCAAGAGAUGUAAAUUAGGUGUAAGGACAAGAAAUCGAGGGACAAAAAGGAUGUGGCUUCCGGAAGCCAUCCGGAUGGCCACAUUGAGUGAUGAACAAAAAUUUAUUGUAACGACAAAAUCUGCUCAAAAACUAUGUUGAGGAUUCAAUCAAAGUUUAUAUUAUGUGAGAAGCGUUCUUAUAUGUUGUAUUUAUAUUAUAAAAUAAAGAAAAUUCAUUGAGAAUGGAAAA